UUCCACUUGCUCUAGCGCUCAUAUCGUUUCAAGGGAAGAGGAAAUAUUAUCGAUCUUGAACGCGGUUAUAUUUAGAGGUGCACCACCAGGGCGAUGCACAGUUCGUGUAAAAUGCUUGGGGCAAACAGUUAUCCUAGGAGAGGACGUUACGGCGUUUCGACGGCCGCAACUACACCCCUGCAGACGCACAACUCCUCCAACAACUUUUUAGUCAGGCCGAGAAUUCCGCUUAGAUCUUACUCGAGGCCAAAAACUGCCGCUAAUCUACUCGGCGUCGAUGCAAUAGGAUUCGGGCGAUCCAAAAGACUCAAGUCUAGGAAACUUAAUGGCUUCCAAAAACCGGAAACUACAAAGAAAAAAGGACCAGAUUACACGGACUUUGCAUACAGAGAGGCAGUCUCAAAGCUAAAAUAUUUACUCGCAGAGUCUUAUAAUCCAAGAACAACACCAAGAGGUGGCAGAUACAACACGGGUAGCAAUCCGAAAAUAAAUAUCGAAUCCGGAGAAGAUACGGAUGACCGUAGUUUGGCAAGUGAAGUUUCACAGGGUAAAGGGCUCCUUGGAAACCUACCCCCUUCAUCUAGCCCUUAUUUACCUCGGACGAAAAAUUCUCAAUUAUCGCGGGGAUGCAGCAACCUCGCUGUGCUUUCUAGAGACCCACAAUCCGCACCUCCCGAACUAAUGUCUUUCAUAGAAAAGCAGGAAGAAUAUAUAGAGCAAUUGGAAAAAGAAUCUCAAUACUGCAGAGAUGAGCUCGGCAAUCUACUCGGAAAAGUUAGAGAGGUAGUUGCGGAAAACGAUACGCUCCACGAUAAAAACAAGAAUGGAUUUCUGAAGUCAGUUCUUGACGUUUACAACGAUAAUUCAGAGGAAGAAAAUCAGGAGCCUAACGAUCAUUCUCUUCAAAGAGAUACAGGAGGUAAAGGGAAGCGCGUGAGGCUCCAGAAGAUACUAGAGGGUCCAAGCAUAGUUUUUGAAUCUCGUAUCAGCGAACUUGAAGCUCAACUAACACAAGCGAAGGUAGAACUUCGAAAAGUCGAGGAAGAGAACCAAGCAAAUUUGAGACGUCUGUUGGAAAUGGGAGGCGGAGAAAAUAAUGCCGAGGCAAAAGUACAACUGGAAAGAGCCCUUAGGGAUAAAAGAGAGGCUGAGGCAAAACUGGAAGAACUUCAAAGGAGCCUUGCUUCGGUGAGGGAUCGGGAAGCGGAUACCGCGCACAAGGCAAAAAGGACCUUAGACGUUCUUGAACAUGCACAAUUCGAAAAAAGUCAGGCGGAAGCGGAAACACGAAGGCUCAGGGAUGAGCUCGAAAGACAACACGAGAGGCUUAGGGAAGCUGCCCAAGAAACAAGUCGCAGAGUGGCCGAAGAAAGGCAUCAGAUAGAACGCAGGUACAGCCAACAAAUAGAACAGCUAACAGCGGAUGCUGCUUCUCACUGGGAUACAGCCAGUAAGUCGCAGUUAGAGUCUGAAAAACAACGUAGAGAAAUGGGAGAUCUCCGAAGAGAUUUGGCGCAAAAACAAGCAUUGAUCGAGGAACUGAAGAAGGAACUUCAGAGCAAGAUUUCCGCGAUGCAGAGCGACCUGAGUCAAGCGGUUGCAGAGAAAGAUGCAGCAGAGCAGGAAAUUUCCGCUUCGAAAUUGUCCGCUGAACGAGCUGAAAGGCAAGCGCGCCAAGAGCAAAACCGAUUGCAAUCGGAGAUCAAUUCCUACAAACAGAGAUUGGAAAGGGCAGACGCCGACCUGGUCCAUUGUCGCCGCGAGAACUUGAGGCUUUCCGAGCAAAUUGCCUCCCUUGAGAAAGAGGUCAGUUUGAACAAGAUGGUAACGAGCGAGGAACACAGGACUCCUGGGACUGCUACAAGGGGUGAAAGUGACAAGGAAUUGACUUCGAUGAUCAUGGACAUCGAAACGAAACAUGCUACGACUGUUGCUGGCCUAGAAGAUGCCCUCGCUAAUCAGGCAACUGUCGUCUCGCAGCUAUCUGUCGAGUGCCAAUCUCUCACACAGCGGUUAGAAGCUAACAGCCUCAAACACAAGGAAGAAAUGGCCAGCCUACAAAGCAACUUAAACUACCUUACAUCAAAAAUACAAGAUUCAUUGGUACAACAGAACGAUAAUCCUGAUACAUCUGUGCACCCUAAAUACAAUACCUCAUCUGCUAACAGUGGCACAGGCUUGGAAGACCAGCAGCAAAAAUUUGCCAGUGAUCAAGCCAAAGGCAGAAGACCCUCGGAAAAAAACCUACAGCCUCCCAUUGCCAAUACAGACUCUACGGCGACCGUUGAGAACGACGUCAACAACGACAAACGCAACAGGGAAGUUGAAAUCAGCAAUGCCGAACAAGAUGAUGAUCAUCAAGCCGUUGACUAUCCAGUUCCUAACGCGAAUGAAGAUCAAGAUACCGCCAAUCACAGGCAAAUGGAAAAUGAUCCGAACCAAGUCCAAUCAGACCCGCAACUCUUGGGAAACUACGAGUCUCAGGAAAUUAAUCCAGGAAAUACUAACAAUCAGGACUACGACUUGGAAAAUUAUCAGAUGGAUAAUCAAAACUACGAUUCUCAAUACGCCGAUCAAUCUUAUGAGCAAUAUGAUCGGUACAAUCAGGGCCAGUAUGAAGAGGGAGGAGAACAAGUUCGGUACGAUGAAAAUCCGGAAAUGUAUCAAAAUAUGCCGUACACUGAACAAGACUAUCAAGGGUAUGGCACAGAAUACGAAGGUGCUACGGAGGAACAGCAGGCUCAUAGCGUUGCUGAACAGCCCCUAGAAAUCGGAGGGGCCUUAGAAACUGAUGAAAGGGACUUUGGGAAACAUCAAACAAUUGCAGAUAAUGCUGCAGCUUCUAUGGCGGGUGAAGAGUGAAAAUGAAUUUAGAGUUGAAAAGAAUUUCAUAAAACUGCAGUAAUACAAACACAAUCAUAAUGUUUAAGUAGAUUUAGACGAAAUUUCGUUGACUAUUAUUGAUUAAAUAGUAUAGAGGUCGAAGUGAGUCUAAUGAUUUGCAAUAUCUCAACUUUAUUAGGGAGCAUUCAAUGAGUUGAUUUGUAAAUUAGUUAUGCUGUUUAAAUAAUUAAAAAUAAGACACCUAGCCAUCCACUGA